AUGUCCAUGCACCCCCUGGUGGUGGCCACGGGCUCCAGCAAGGUUGAGCUCCCCUGCUCACAACCUGUGGCCCCACUGGAAACCAAGGGGGCUGCCUUCUGCCAUCCUUCCAUGGUCAGGGUGUCCCGACCGGGCAAGGACUCCGGCUAUCCACCACACUUUCUAAGAAUAGAUCAGAGGGAAAGGAAAGUGAGGUAUGGUCUUCUAACUCAGAAAGAUGAAUCAGUGCCACUGAAAAGUAUUACAGUGGAGGUCUCCAUUAGUGGGUUUAUCGCCGAUGUUUCCACCACCCUCUGCUAUGAAAACAACAAGUGUAACCCUGUGGAAGCUGUGUUUGUCUUCCCCAUGGAAGAUGGAUCAACCAUAUAUGACUUCCAUGCAGAAAUUGGUAAAAAGAGCAUUGACGUCAUGAUUAAGGACAAACAAAAGGCAAGAGAAGACUAUGAUGAUGCCAUAAGCAGUGGACAACAAGCAUUUCUCCUGGAAAAAACUGAGAUCCCAGAUGUGUUCCGUCUCAGUGUUGGCAGUCUGUCUGCAGGACAGAAGGCCACAUUAUCCCUGUCCUAUGUGACAGAGUUGCCUGUUGAGGCUGAUGACGCUCUUCGUUUCUGCCUGCCUACUGUGCUGUGUCCACGCUACACUCCACAAGGUACUACAUCUGUGACAAAAGGAGUACCUCGUGUCCCUUUUGGCUCCAUCCCCUAUACCCUGUCUCUCACUUGUCAUCUGGUCUCCCCCAAUGGAAUUUCAAAUGUGAAAUCCAACUCUGCACUGAUGCCUCUUGAGUACCUAAGUGAUGACAAGACAGAAGCAAAGGUGUCUCUCUCCCCAGGCUUCCAGUUUGAUCGUGAUGUUGUACUUUUGAUUUAUUAUAACCAUCCCCACCAGCCUACUGCCAUUGUGGAAAAUGGUUUGUCUUCAGCUGCAUCAGGCUCCUUAAUGAGAGACCCUGUUAUCAUGAUCAGCUUGUACCCAGAAUUCCCUGAAUUAACAGAACAAUCACUCUCCAUUAAAGGCGAGUUCAUCUUUUUGGUGGAUCUAUCUGACAGUAUGCUUGAGAAAAUGAAUGGAGAUCCAGACUCUGACAUGCGCAUUGAGAGUGCUCGUGACACACUGUUGCUUCUCCUCAAGAGUCUACCACUUGACUGUCAUUUUAAUAUUUAUGGUUUUGGUUCCGAUUUUCAACAUCUUUUCUCAAAUAGUGUUAAGUACAGCCAGAUGACAAUGAAGUCUGCCAUGAAGGAAGUGAAAUCCUUGCAUGCCAACUUUGGAGGAACAAAUAUUUUGGCACCCCUUCGUGACAUUUUUGGAAAAGCCUGUAUACCUGGAUACCCUAGACAGCUGUUUGUAUUCACUGAUGGUGAGGUUGAAAACACACAAGAGGUUAUUAAUGAAGUGAAAAAAAAUGCCUCCUCCCACAGAUGUUUCACAUUUGGAAUUGGAGAUGGUGCCUCUACAGCCCUUAUUAAAGGCAUGGCCAAGGCAGGGUCUGGUUACUUCCAGUUCAUUUCCAGAAAAGACAGAAUCCAGCCAAAAGUGAUGAAGAGCCUGCAAUUUGCUUUGCCGCCUGCAGUUACCAAUAUUAAGCUGAACUGGCAUCUCCCAAAUCUUGUGAAGGUAGCCCCUAUAUCAGAAACACCGCACGUGCUGUUCAAUGGUCAAAGGACUGUUCUUUAUGGUCAACUCAAAACAAAGGCUAAUAAGAAUGCAGUAGGACGCGCAUCUUUGCAUUAUACCCUUUGUGGCAAAGAAUACAAAUCAGAAAUACGUUUUGGGCUUAAAAUUGACAAACAUUGCAGGCUAACUGCUCACCGAUUGGCUGCAAAAGUACUGAUAAAUGAAAAGGAAGAUGAACGAUUUCUGAGUAGCAUGAAGGAUAAGAGUGAAACUAUAAAAAAGGAAAUUAUAAAGAUUAGCACAGAAGCCGGAAUUAUCACAUCUCUCACAGCUUUCAUUGCUGUCCACAAAGAAAAACAUAAGGCUAUUCAGCAGCCUAUGGUCAUCACACAUAUUCCAUUGGCAAGUUUUCCAAGUUGCUCCCAAGAAAGAAUAAGCUGGGAAUCCUAUUACACUAGUUGUAUAAGACUACACCCUAGGUUACGGGGAGGAGGCGGUGGUUAUGGAACACCACCAACUACGUUACGGGGAGGAGGCGGUGGUUAUGGAACACCACCAACUACGUUACGGGGAGGAGGCGGUGGUUAUGGAACACCACCAACCAAGUUACGGGGAGGAGGCGGUGGAAAGCCAAAAGAUAAAGUAGAUGAAGGAGAUUCUGCUGAUAUGCCAGAAGUUAGAAGUGACAACUUGUUAAAGCUGGUUUCCUUUCAAAAUGUGGAUGGGUCUUGGAAUCUAGAGGACAGACUGAUGACUUUAUUGAGCAAGACAGAGCAGGAGGUGCUGCAGAAAAUGCCAGCUGAGAUAAAAGACAAGUCAGUUUGGGCAACAUUUCUGUCACUGCUUUGGCUGCAUGGUUUCAAUUCAAAUCGGAAAGAUGAGUGGAAAUUUGUGGCUCUCAAAGCAGUGGCCUGGAUUAAGGCACAGACAGGGUUAAAUCUGGAAUUGUGCCUACAAGCUGGAAAUGACUUACUGGGAUGUCAGAUGGAUCUGCAAACUCUGGGCCUUCAACCUUCUUAAGAUGAGAGGCAGCAGAUGAUUUUUACAUGUAAAUGCUCAAAUGCAUAAGAUUCUUCAAAUUCUUGGUUUUGGUUUUCUAUUAAUGCUUUUACUGGCUUGGCAGAAAGUAUUGC